AUGGAUGAAAUAACUGAGGAAUAUAUAUCAUCAGUUGAAAAAGAAGCUGUUGAAAAUACGACAACAUCAGAACGAUUAUGUGAUAUGUGUCAUAAUGAAUCAUGGAAAUAUCGUUGCCCACGAUGCUCAUUUCGUACUUGUUCAUUACCAUGCUCUAAAGAACAUAAAGUAAAAUAUGAUUGUUCUGGUGAACGUCAGAAAUCAUUUGAUGUUAUCAAAAGGCUUGUUGAUUAUUCAUCAUCGGUAGCUGUUGAUGAUGAAAAAUUUCUCAAUUCCGUUACAACAUCACUGAACAGUGCUGCGAAUCAUUUGGCUCAUAUAAAUACUCCUGAUUCUACACAACAAUCAAAAGAAAAUGAAAGUAAGCUUGAAGUUCUUGCUGAUAUUGCAACAGAAGAGAUUACUGAGACUCAUCAUGAUGAACACUGCGCAAAUGAAUCAGAUGAUAAUGGCGGUAGAAGUGUAUUGGGUGGAACCAAUGAUGAGAAAGAAAUGUCACCAUCACAAUUGGAUGGUGGGACUGAGUUAACAGUAGAGCAUUUAGAACGGAAAGCUAUGGCUAUGAAACGUUACUUACUCAAUAAUGCUCAUCGAAGGCGCAUUUGGCUUACUGUCACUCCUGACAAAGAGGGUAACAGUUCUCGCCACGAGCAAUUUUCGGAUACUAUAUUCUGGACUAUAAGGAUAAUUUUUCGUCGGGAAGAGCAGAUUCAGGAUGUAAAACAAAUUAUUGAGAAUGAAUACACAGUGAAUAAUAUUCCGGAAAGUAUAUCCGUGACAACACUUGUGCGACAAUUCAUCAAACCCAAAUUGGUUGGACCAGUUGUUAGUAAGUCAGAUCUUGAUACCGAGAAGAUGGCACCUUUUCAGGAAGCUGGUAUGGAUAAGCUGAUGAUUUAUAUGCCUGUGCCUAUUGAGGGAAAAAAACGUUUUUAUGUAAUAGACAUGUCAAAAACAAUUCUGGAUAAUACACGAAAUCGUUUUAUUUUGGAGUAUCCAACUUUCAUCGUUACAUUAGAUAAUCAAUUUAAUGAUUAUGUCAUGCUCAGCGAGCAAGAAGCACGAGAACUUCGAGAAUUACAAAGGCAAAAAAAUCGCGAGGAAAAUCAAAAUAAUUUCCGCGGAAGAGGUCGCUUUGAUAAUGGGAGAUUUAUGUCUCGUGGCCGAGAUAUAAAUCGAGGUGGACGAGGUGGCGGUAGACGGGGAGGAUUUAAAAGGUCAUAUAAUUCACCGGAUAGUAGGGGUGGUCGAGGAUCAGGAAGACCAUGGAAGUGUGGUCGACCAUUUCGAGGUGGCUAUCAUCAGAACCGUGAUUUCCAUGAAAGGAAUAAUGAUGGACGAGGUACACUGGGCACUCCAAGUGAUUAUCGUUCAUCAAUUGCCCCACAAGCAGAUCCAAUUAUGGAUGCUUGGUCAAAAGCCCUUGAAAGCAAAACAAAAAAGGAAAUUCCUUCAAAUAUCAACAAUUCAAGCGAAGUUCAAGCCAUUUCAUGA